CAAAGGCAUUGUUGAUGACGGGCGAGCUUCGUUAGCCCCUAUGUGUUAACCGAGUAGAUUGGUUGACUUCCGCUCGCUAACCUUCAACUUACCGCCUGACUUUAAGUCAGUAAAUUACACUACUGUUACCAAUUCUUCAUUAUUCCACCAUGCUACAGUUUCUGGCUGGCUUUACCUUGGGGAAUGUUGUCGGGAUGUACCUGGCUCAAAACUAUGAUGUUCCCAACAUAGCCAAAAAACUUGAAGACUUUAAGAAAGAUGUUGAAGCGAAGAAGAAGCCCCCAGAGUGAGCCAAGUGGGACCAUGUCGUGAACAAGACGAGAUGCACUCUGGAGACAAACUAUUUAUUUUACAGGGUUAUGGUACAAUGAGUGUACAUUUGAGAAAAGGAUUGAAAAUGUAAAAUAUAAAUGAAAAUAUUUACAGUGCCUGGAGCAGUAUUUGUUUCCUCCCUUAGUUUUAUAGGCAUGUUCUCAAUGUAGCCUAUUUUUAUAAGAUAAAUUGUGCAAAGACUGGAUUUAAAGAAUAUUAUAACUGACUGGUGGGAUCACUUUAAGUCCAGUAUCAUGGCACUGUUGGCUGGCCUUUACAAGGAUGCACUGUGGUGUUUUAACUUACACUUAAUAUUCAUUAUCUCCAUAUUAGGUGCAUAUUGUUCUUUGAAGUGAAUAUAGUUGCUCUUUUGUUUUAUUGCAGAAAGUUUGAAGUUUCCUUCACAACAUUCAAAUGUAUCAAUAACUGCCAAAUUUUUUGACAACACCUCUGAAUCAUUCAGUUUACAAUAAAAUUGCUGUUCAUGA